UUGUUCUUGUCCCUCCCCAUAGUACAGUUCUACUCCUACUCAUCACUCAUCUUUCAUCUCAACAUCGUCUCCGCCACCAAGAAACACAAAACCGGAUCUUUAUCUUUCAUCUCAUCUCACUUUCAGUCAUGAAAUUCCCAUUUCUUAACCACAUUCCCCAUCAUCCAAACCUCAUUCCCAUUUCCAAUUCCUAUUUCACUUUCUUCUAACACUUACCACACUGCACUUUCUUGAAAAACAAGAAACUUUCCAUCUUCAUGCCGAAACCCAUCAGAUUCUAUGUCCAAUGGUGGUGGUGGGUUGAUUUAGCAGUGCCCACUGAUCUCAUUUCACCAAUGAAAAGGUCAGUCUCAGUCCGUCCCUUUUUCACCAUUUUAUUACUCAUUCUCUUCACUGUCACACUAAGUUGUCGGAUCUUGAUUCGUAAAGGCGGUGUCUUUACCUCAAUUCAACUCCAACCCAAUCUUAUAGUUCACCCACCACUCCCAGUUUUCAACUCUACAUUGCUUAAAUAUGCUUCAAUUGACAUUGGUGAAGCUAAAUCAAACCAAGAAAUUGAGCAAUUAUUAGAGGGUAGUUUUGCUAGUCAAGGGAGGUAUAAGUCAUUUACUACUUGGAGAAGAUCCAAUCAUAGAAGUAUUAGAUCUAGUUCUUCUAAGGGCAUGCCCUUAAUCUUUAGGUCACCUCAGUUUUAUCGUUACUGGUUGGAUUUUAGAAGGGUUUUACAAAAUUGGUCUAGAAACAAGAGGUUUCAGCCUGAUAUAAUGAGUCAAUUGGUUGAGCUGAUGGGUGCAAAGAAAAAGUAUGAAUCUUGUGCUGUGGUGGGGAAUAGUGGGAUUUUGUUGCAGAAGAAUUUUGGUGAGUUGAUUGAUGGUCAUGAAAUGGUUUUUAGAUUGAACAAUGCAAGAAUUGAGAGAUUUGAGCAAUUUGUUGGGUUUAAAACUAAUGUUUCCUUUGUAAAUAGUAAUAUUUUGCAUCUUUGUGCUAGGAGAGUUGGGUGUUUUUGUCAUCCGUAUGGAGCUAAUGUUCCUAUGGUUAUGUAUAUUUGUCAGCCUAUGCAUCUCUUGGAUUAUACCAUUUGCAAUGCUUCUCGAAACUCGCCCGUGAUUAUCACCGAUCGACGAUUUGAUCUGUUGUGUUCGAGGGUUGUGAAGUAUUACUCGUUGAAGCGAUUCGCUGGGGAGACGGGGAAAUCGUUGGAUGAGUGGAGCUCGUCUCAUGACGGUUCCAUGUUUCAUUACUCUUCUGGAUUUCAAGCUGUGAUGUUGGCUUUAGGGACUUGUGAGAAAGUUAGCAUCUUUGGAUUUGGAAAAUCAGCUCAGGCUAAGCACCAUUAUCAUACUAAUCAAAAGGGCGAGCUUCGGUUACAUGAUUAUGCGGCGGAGUAUGAUUUUUAUCAUGAUUUUGUGAGCAAUCCGUUGGCGAUCCCGUUUGUUUCAGCCAAUGCAUCUUUUGGACUAUUUCAUUAGCAAUACUUCUCAAAAUUCGCACGUGAUAUCAGCAAUUCGAUCUAUGGUGUUAAAGAGUGGUGAAGUACAGCUCGAUGAAACGAUUCGCUGAUGAGACGUGGAAAUCAUUGGACUAAUGCAGUUCGACCCGUAACGGUUCUCUGUUUCAUUGCUUUUCUUGUUUUCAAGCUGUGUUGUUGGCUUUAGGCAUAUGUGAACGUAUUUUUGGAUUUGGAAAUCACCCCAGGCAAAACACCAUUAUCAUGCUAAUCAAAAAGGUUACAUGAUUGUGCGCCGGAAUAUGAUUUUUAUCAUUACGGUUAGGUGAGCAAUCCGUUGGCAAUCCCGUUUGUUUCAGGCAAGUUCAAGUUUCCUCCGGUGGCAAUUUAUCAAUGAAUUUUGUUUCAUUGCUGUUAUAUCUGUAGUCAUAGCUUGAAUCUUUGUGUUGCGAUUUUACAAUUUCCAGAGAGAAUUAGAAACAAAGAUUUCUGUUUCAUAUUCUGUACCAUCCGAAAUAUAGAUACUAAAUGUAAAAUUGGCAAGAAUAUGAUAUCAGAUUUUGGGUUUAA